UCUUUGGAGCGAUCUCGGAAUUGGCCUCAGCAAAGAAACUCGACAACAAACGGGCAAUGCACGAAGACAGUCAUGGAAAUAAUUCUAGUUCAAAACGAAGGAAAGUCAACUCAGACGAUUCAAGACAUAUAGCUGCUCUCAUUCUCGCCCGAGGAGGAAGCAAAGGGAUCCCUCUGAAAAAUAUAAAGAUGCUGGCAGGUGUUCCUCUUAUCGGAUGGGUCAUCAGGGCAGCCUUGGAUUCUGAGGUCUUUGACAGUAUUUGGGUGUCCACGGAUCAUGAUGGGAUUGAGAGGGUGGCAAAAGCUUGGGGUGCCCAAGUGCACAGGAGGUGCCCAGAGGUGUCCAAAGACUCCUCAAGUUCACUGGAGACGAUUCAAGAGUUCUCUAGACGGAACGCAGAUGUUGAUGUCAUCUGUAACAUCCAGGCCACUUCUCCAUGCCUGCACCCGUAUCAUCUCAAACAAGCCCUGGAGCUUAUGACCAAACAAGGGUUUGAAUCUGUCUUCUCUGUUGUCCGGCAACACCACUUUAGAUGGCAAGAGGUCAAGAAAGGAGGGGAUAUUAGAACUCAACCUCUGAACCUGGACCCAGCUCGAAAGCUGUGCUGUCAGGACUGGGCCGGAGAGCUGUGUGAAAACGGCUCCUUUUACUUUGCAACCAAAGACCUCAUAGAAAGAGGUCUUCUUCAGGGUGGAAAGAUGGCAUAUUUUGAGAUGUUGCCUGAGUUCAGUGUGGAUAUUGAUGUUGACAUAGACUGGCCUGUUGCUGAACAGAGAGUGCUGAGGUAUGGUUACUUCGGUAAGGACAAGCCAGAGGUUGUGAAGCUUCUGCUUUGUAACGUGACCGGAUGUUUUACAGAUGGUCAGAUCUACAUAUCAGCAAGUGAUGAGGAGAUGGUGUGCAUCAACAGCAGAGACCAGGCUGGCAUCAAAAUGCUGAUGAAAGAGGGAGUGGAGGUUAUUUUGAUAUCCUCCAAAGAAAACUCUAUACCAAAGACGUUAGCUGACAAACUCUCCAAGAGAAUGGCCUGUCCAGUCCUGCAGGGAGUGGAUUACAAAUUGAAGGAGGUAAAGAAACUGAUGGAGGAGAAAAAUCUGGAGUGGAAAGAGGUAGCUUACUUAGGGAACGAUGAGCCAGAUGUGGAAUGCCUGAUUCUUGCAGGGAUAAGCGCAGUACCCCUGGAUGCACCUGUGGUGGCGCUCAACGCUGCAAAAUACUCCUGCCAUAGAGCUGCUGGUCAAGGGGCUGUUAGAGAGUUUGCUGAACACAUCCUGCUGCUGAAAAAGAAGGCCAGGUCUCAGAUGGAGGAGGACAGAAUUGGAAGUGACUCGUUCUAGAUGCCAUUUUGGUGUAGUGCUUCAGUUCAGCCUAAGACAUUGAUGGGAAUCUGAAACAAUAAUAAAAUAUUUCAUAACUAUUUUAUUUGUUGCCAAAGUAAAGAUGAAGUAUCAUUGUAUUUAAAGAAUUGCCUGUAUGCUUGAACAUUAAGAAUAAAACUGUGAUGAUAAUGAUGAUGAUGAUGAUGAUGAUGAUGAUGAUGAAGAAACACUUUUGUUUCUGUUGUUGUUUCUCAUUUUCCUUUUUUAGAUGAUUUAUUAAUGAAACACUACUUUGACAUAUUUCCUACCCAAGUCCUAUUGCUGCUAAAUGUUUUUCAGAAUUAUAAAAUGUAAUUGUUGUUGUAAACAAAACUGCUAAUAAUUGCAGAUUAUUUGGAUACAAUAUGUUGUGAGAAUAUUACAGUAUCCUGACAGGAUUCCCAGUCGACCCAGCUGAUGUGGCUUGAUUGUAAAUGCAUUACUUUUUGUCUUGUUAAAAUUAAUGUAUUUAUCUGUCUGAUAAUGGCAUUGGCUGAUAAGGUCAUUUAAAAAAAAAAAAAUAACAUAAUAAAAAAACAAUGUAUAUAUAAAUAUAUAUAUGUAUAAAAUAUUGCAUUGUGUUACA